AAAAUACGAUCCUUGUCGAUCAAUGAAGAAGUUUUUCUAUCUCUAACACGACUUUUGUCUCAGUCCUAUCUCUCCAUCUCUGAAAUCGAACCACAAGAAGAAGACGACGAAGAUGGGUCGCCGGAUCUCCGGCCGUUCGUCCUUGUUAAUAACCACCGUGCUCCUCCUCAUCUCCUCCGCAGCCCACAGCUUCUAUCUCCCCGGCGUUGCUCCCCGCGAUUUCCACACUGGAGAUCCACUUUCUAUCAAAGUGAACAAAUUGUCAUCUACAAAGACACAACUCCCAUAUGACUACUACUACUUAAAUUAUUGUAAGCCCAAAGACAUUGUAAACAGUGCAGAAAAUCUGGGGGAGGUUCUUCGUGGUGAUCGCAUUGAAAAUUCUGUAUAUUCUUUCAAAAUGAGGGAGGAGCAAUCCUGUGUUGUAGCUUGUCGAGUAAAGCUUGAUGCUGAAUCUGCAAGAAAUUUUAAGGAAAAAAUUAAUGAUAAAUACCGAGUACAAAUGAUUUUGGAUAACCUUCCAGUUGCUGUCCUCAGACAAAGGCGGGAUGGAAGUCCGUCCACAACUUAUGAACAUGGAUUCAGUGUUGGGUUCAAGGGAAAUUAUGCUGGGAGUAAAGAGGAGAAGUAUUUUAUCAACAAUCACUUGAGCUUCAGAGUUAUGUAUCACAAAGAUCCUGAGACUGACUCUGCCCGAAUUGUUGGGUUCGAGGUUACUCCAAACAGUAUCAAUCAUGAAUAUAAGGAAUGGGAUGAGCAAAAUACUCAGUUGGUAACAUGCAAUAAAGAAACAAAAAAUUUACCUCCUGGAAGCACUGUUCCACAAGAAGUUGACAAAGAUAAGGAGAUUGUAUUCACAUUUGAUGUUUCCUUUAAGGAAAGUGAAAUCAAAUGGGCAUCUCGUUGGGACACGUACCUCCUCAUGAAUGACGAUCAGAUCCACUGGUUCUCAAUUAUAAACUCUCUGAUGAUUGUCCUCUUUUUAUCUGGUAUGGUGGCUAUGAUCAUGAUGAGGACUUUGUACAGAGAUAUCGCCAACUAUAAUCAGUUGGACACGCAAGAUGAGGCUCAAGAAGAAACUGGAUGGAAACUUGUGAAUGGAGAUGUUUUCAGGGCCCCAAUCAAUUCCAAUUUACUUUGUGUCUACGUUGGUACAGGGGUUCAGAUCUUUGGAAUGACACUUGUAACUAUGAUAUUUGCUUUGCUUGGCUUCCUGUCUCCUUCCAACCGAGGGGGUCUUAUGACGGCCAUGGUUUUGUUGUGGGUUUUCAUGGGCUUAUUUGCCGGUUAUUCUUCUGCACGAUUGUACAAGAUGUUCAAGGGUACAGAGUGGAAGAGGAAUACUUUGAAGACUGCAUUUAUGUUCCCAGGAAUUCUGUUUGCCGUCUUCUUUGUGCUAAAUGCCCUAAUUUGGGGGGAGAAAUCUUCUGGAGCCGUGCCCUUUGGGACAAUGAUUGCUUUGGUUUGCUUAUGGUUUGGAAUUUCAGUGCCUUUGGUCUUUGUGGGUAGUUAUUUAGGGUUCAAAAAGCCAGCUGUUGAAGACCCUGUAAAGACUAACAAAAUUCCACGGCAGGUACCAGAACAGGCAUGGUAUAUGAAACCAGUCUUCUCAAUACUUAUUGGAGGCAUCCUUCCAUUUGGAGCUGUUUUCAUUGAGCUGUUCUUUAUCUUGACAUCAAUUUGGCUGAACCAGUUCUAUUACAUAUUCGGGUUCCUUUUCAUCGUUUUUGUCAUCCUUUUAAUCACUUGUGCGGAGAUAACGAUGGUGCUCUGCUACUUCCAGUUGUGCAGUGAAGAUUACCACUGGUGGUGGAGAUCAUACCUGACCGCAGGCUCGUCUGCCCUUUACCUUCUCCUCUACUCUGCCUUCUACUUUUUUACCAAGUUGGAGAUCACUAAGUUUGUUUCAGGCAUCCUUUACUUUGGGUACAUGUUGAUCGUUUCGUAUGCUUUCUUUGUCUUGACUGGAACUAUUGGUUUCUAUGCAUGCUUCUGGUUUGUUCGGAAGAUUUACGCCUCUGUGAAGAUUGACUGAUCUAAAGAUUGAUGUCGAAGGUUGAAUGAAAGAUGAGAAAUCAGGCCUGCAUGAGGAAGCAAAAGGGUAUGAACAUUAGCUUUCACAAUACCAUGAUAAAAGGGACAUUUUCCGAACCUAUUCUGUUUAUUGUAGCAUAGCAGUGUUUCUUUUUGUUUUGUUGUGAACUGUAGUUACUAGUUUAAGCUUGUUGCUUCUAUAUAUCAUUGUCAUUCUACACGCUUAUGAUUCUAUGAAGCCUUAGUUAUUUCAAUUGAAGCUCUUAAA